CCUCUCGUAUCGUUUACUCAUUAGGAGAACUCAAACUGCAGACAUGAACCUCCAGACUUUGUUGUAUGUGAUGGUGUUGCUCUGCAAACUUACAGGAUGUCUUUCGAUCGUCGGGGGCCGUGAUGCGCACAGGGGGGCGUGGCCCUGGAUGGUCCACCUUGGGAUGCAUUCUAAACAUGACAAGACUAUUUGUGGAGGAUCACUGGUCUCAGAUCAGUGGGUCUUGUCUGCAAGUAGUUGCUUGAAGGAAUUUAUUGACCUGGAGCGUUGGUUUGCUUGGGUCGGGGAGCUGAGCCUGAGGGAACCUUCUGGAAGGCUGGUGAAGCUGAAGCGGGUGGUGCAGCACUCAGAUUACAGAUGGGAUGAAACAAACCAUUCGUUGUACAACGACAUCGCCCUGGUGCAGCUGCAGGAGGCCGUGUCCUUCUCUGACACAGUGAAGCCUGUGAUACUGCCCAGCCCCCGAGAUGUCUUCAGCCCCGACACUGAGUGCUGGGUCACUGGAUGGGGUGAUGUAGCUGAGGGCACACCGCUGGGUGGGAAGCAGACUCUCCAGGAGGUGCAGGUGUCUCUGGUUGAUGAUGCCACAUGUCGUCGGAUCUACCCCGAGACGACUGACCGCAUGCUGUGCGCCGGUGACCCAAGGGGAGGAAAAGACUCCUGUCAGAGUGACUCUGGUGCGCCCCUAGUGUGUGUCCUAGCAGGAGAGGAGAGGAGGUUUGUGCAAGUCGGCAUUGUCAGCUUUGGGCAGGGCUGUGCUCGUGUGGGAUUACCUGGAGUCUACACACACGUCCUCAGCUACACACAGUUCAUCAGGGACAUCAUUCAAGAGACAGAAUGCAACGAUCUUCCACCUUUUGAAGCGUGUUUUCUGUAA